UGCGCAAGCGCUCAGUGGAGCAUUGUUACCGAUCGUUAGCUAGCUGGUACGCUAACUAGCUAGCUAACUUACUCAGUGAAAAUGGCACUAAGCAAAACCUUUGGGCAGAAACCGAUAAAAUUUCAAUUAGAACAAGAUGGAGACUUUUACAUGGUUGGAUCAGAGGUUGGCAACUACCUGCGCAUGUUCAGGGGCUCUCUUUAUAAAAGAUACCCAUCGCUAUGGAGACGCUUAGCCUCGGUGGAGGAAAGAAAGAAAAUUGUUGCGUCGUCACACGCCACCAGUGUGACUCUGCUGAAGGCGUCAGAAUGCGAGGAGAUCUUUGAGGGCAAUGACGAGAAGUACAAAGCGGUGUCGAUCAGCACAGAGCCACCUGCCUACCUCAGGGAGCAGAAGGCCAAGAGGAGUAGCCAGUGGGUUCCCACGCUGCCCAACAGCUCCCAUCACCUGGACGCCGUGCCCUGCUCCACCACCAUCAACCGCAACCGCAUGGGCCGCGACAAGAAGAGGACCUUCCCUCUCUGUUUUGACGACCACGACCCGGCUGUGAUCCACGAGAACGCGUCGCAGGCCGAGGUGCUGGUCCCCAUCCGGCUGGACAUGGAGAUCGACGGCCAGAAGCUGCGAGACGCCUUCACCUGGAACAUGAACGAGAAGUUGAUGACCCCGGAGAUGUUUGCAGAGAUACUGUGUGACGACCUGGAUCUGAACCCUCUGACCUUCGUGCCAGCCAUCGCCUCGGCCAUCCGGCAGCAGAUCGAGUCCCACCCCACCGACACCCUGCUGGAGGAACAGGCCGACCAGAGGGUCAUCAUCAAGCUGAACAUCCAUGUGGGGAACAUCUCUCUGGUGGACCAGUUUGAGUGGGACAUGUCUGAGAGGGAGAACUCCCCAGAGACCUUCGCCCUGAAGCUGUGCUCUGAGCUGGGCCUGGGAGGGGAGUUCGUCACCACCAUUGCCUACAGCAUCCGGGGCCAGCUCAGCUGGCACCAGCGCACCUACGCCUUCAGGUCUGACUUCAGUGAGAACCCCCUGCCCACAGUGGAGAUUGCCAUCAGGAACACGGGCGACGCCGACCAGUGGUGCCCCCUGCUGGAGACCCUGACAGACGCAGAGAUGGAGAAGAAGAUCCGGGACCAGGACAGGAACACCAGGCGCAUGAGACGCCUGGCCAACACCGCCCCCGCCUGGUGAAGACGAGCAGCUGCAGUCCUUCAGGAUGUUCAGUCCGGCACUCUGCUGUGGAAACGGACAGCAACCCCGGGCCCCCCCCCCCCCAGGCCUGCCUUCCCCCCCCGGGCCUCCCUUGCUCC